UAUAUCGAUUUUUUAGAUCAGUGGUGCGCGAGUGGUGUGGCAGUGAAAAGUGGUGCAGUGAUAUUCGAAAGUUUGCUUUCCUGCGGGCAAAACCGAAACACGGGACAAGCACUGUGCUCCUCAAGAGUAUGUCAAAAUCGACGGAAAACGGCCACACCUUGCAGAAUGGGACUGCCAAUGGGCACAGUGCCGUGCGGUACCGGUUUCCAGACCAUCAGCAGACAAACGGAAAGAUCCCGAAUGGUUUUAGCAAACAUCAGCACUUCGAAGGGACUGCAAAAAAUGAUUGGGUCAAAGAAUCCAAGUCAAAAUCAUCGUACGAGCAGGUGCCACUCCAUACUGCCUGUUUCACCUACCUGGGAUUUUAUCUGCUCAUGAUACUCGGUUACAUAAAUCAGUUCUUCUUCACUCCAAAAGUGGCAACUGAGAAGCAUCGUGAUGGCUACGUUCCGCUGUACGACGCUUUUGAGAAGUUCUAUCUGAGGUACGUGUACAGGCGAGUGAAGGAUUGCUGGAACAGGCCAAUAUGCAGUGUACCUGGCGCGGAGGUCACUUUAAAGGAUAGAAUAACCAAAGAUUAUGGGUGGUCUUUUGAGUUCACUGGGACCGAAACGAGAUGUUUGAAUCUUGGUUCGUACAACUAUCUUGGCUUCGCUCAAAACGAAGGCCCAUGCGCAGACGAGGCUGAAGCAUCCAUCAAAGCCUAUGGACUGGCGGCAUGCAGUUCACGACGGGAAAUCGGCACCAACCCGCUGCACGCAGAACUGGAACAGCUGACGGCCAAGUUUCUGGGUGUUGAAGAUGCCAUCGUGUUCGGAAUGGGAUUCGCCACCAACUCGCUCAACAUUCCAACCCUGAUCACGCCCGGUUGUCUGGUGGUUAGCGAUGAGAAAAAUCACGCCUCGAUCAUCCUGGGCCUGCGGUUGUCUGGGGCCGCUAUCAAAGUGUUCAACCACAACAGUAUGCUGGAUCUGGAGAGGGUCCUGUCGGAUGCGAUUGUCCAUGGGCAGCCGAAAACCGGCAAACCAUGGAAGAAAAUUCUGAUCAUCGUCGAGGGAGUAUUCAGUAUGGAGGGAUCGAUCGUUAAACUGCAAGAAAUCGUGACACUGAAGAAAAAGUACAAAGCCUACAUCUACCUGGAUGAGGCACAUAGUAUUGGGGCCACGGGUCCAACUGGACGUGGUGUUCUCGAUUUCUACGGUGUCGAUCCGAACGAUGUUGAUAUUUUAAUGGGAACUUUCACCAAAAGUUUUGGAUCUGCGGGUGGCUACAUCGCAGGAAAUAAGAAACUAAUUAAUUUCCUAAGGGUAAACAGUCACGCUCACUGUUAUGCCAGCUCGAUGUCACCACCGGUGACGCAGCAGAUUAUUACUUCAAUGAAAAUAAUCAUGGGCUUAGACGGCACCAACGAGGGUAUGAAUCGCAUCGAUCAGCUUGCGAGGAAUACCAGAUAUUUCAGAAAGCGCCUUGCUCAAAUCGGAGUCAUCACUUACGGUCAUGAAGACUCUCCCGUAGUACCGAUGUUGGUGUAUCUUUUCUCCAAAAUUGGGGCCGUAGUCCGGACACUUACUGCACGGAAUAUUGCCGUCGUCGGAGUUGGAUUCCCUGCCACGCCAAUAAUGGAGGGUCGCAUCCGGUUCUGUCUGUCGGCAUCGCACACCAAAGAACAGCUGGACUAUGCGUUGUCCGUCAUCGAUGAGAUCAGUGGAACCCUCGGACUCAAAUAUUCGCGCAAACCGCGGGAUUUUAGACCGAUAGAAUACUAGUUCGCUUAGAUUUUUAGAAUGCAUUGAUAUGAGAGGGGUAACUGAAAACAAUACCACGCAUCCCUACACUUAUUAAAUAGGAUAGAGAGCAAAAGUAUGCCUUAUUAAGAAUAGUUGCAAUCGAACAAAAUGCACACCAGCACUGGCACAGAAACACGCAAACAUUUUGCUGUCGCAUUUAUUCGAUAGGAUGCUUUUUCUUUGUGUAUUAUUAUUUAUGAAGUUUUUUUUUUUGUAUUGCCGUACGAUUUUGUUGUAAAGUUGUUUCUUCGUUACAAUCGAAACCAUUUAUUGUAAGACGCAGUACAGUUGAAACCAGAAAAUAUUAUUGGAAUGCUUUCCGCUUCAUUGGAGAA